CGAAACGUUGCUGGGACAUAUUUGACGUUGGUUGAAAUUUUUAAAGAUUUUUUUUUAGUCAUUCCAUCGUUUGCCGAAUAAGAAUUCGCUAAAAGGCCAAUUAUUUACCAUUUUGGAGUCACAAUUUUGUUUGAAUGUUGUUCUCGGUGUGUCGGUGAGUUUAAUCUAAGAGUAGUCGUGUCAGGAUUGUCAUUGUAAUUCCUACCAAUCCUACUUAGGACUUCAGUUACCCACAACCGAGUGUACCGAACUCUUUUCAAUUUACCAAUUGUGAACAAUCAUAGAAAUCGACAUUUUAAUGUUUUAUUGCACAAUCCGACGGACAAUAGGUGUUCAGUGCCAUUAAACGGAAUUUGAUUAAGUGACAUGGCUGAAUGGUCGCUUUGAAGAUCGCUCGCCACAAGUGAUUAGCUACGCAGAACGUUUACAUUUCAAAACAAAACAUUUAAACAAAAAUGGACACAACGUCACCGCAAUACAUGGUGUAUCAAGCCCUGCAAUGGGCCAGCAGCCAGAACACCGAUUUAAUGAAACAGGCCGAACAGAAAUUGGCCGAAUGGGAAAUUCAACGGGGAUUUUUCACCACAUUAGUAAACACUUUUUUGGAUCAUUCUCUGGACGGCAAUGUCCGAUGGAUGGCGGCCGUCUAUUUUAAGAAUGGAAUCAACAAAUUUUGGCGAAGGAAUUCGCAACAUGAGGUAAACGCCGAAGAAAAAAUUGCCAUCAAAUCAGUGCUCAUCAGUUCGUUCAGGGAACCCGUUCCACAAAUUGCUGUGCAAAUAGCAGAAUUGAUUGCUAGAAUCGCAAGAUUCGAUUGUCCCAGAGAAUGGCCCGAACUUGUACCAACGCUCGUACGAGCCGUACAAAAUACCACAGAUGUUGAACAGCAUCGAGCAUUGCUAGUACUUCAUCAUGUCAUCAAAACAAUGUCGUCGAAGCGUCUGCCAUCCGAUCGGAAAAUAUUCGAACAACUUACCACCACGGUGUACUCGUUCGUGCUGAAUUUGUGGGACGGCUUCACCACUCUAUAUUUCCAAAGUUUGAAUGAACGGCAGGCGACCGCACUCAGUCAGACGUACAUCGAAAAGGCUCUGCUCGCACUGAAAAUAUUACGUAAAUUGACAAUACACGGAUUCUACAAGCCACACUAUUCCGAAAACUGUAUGCUCUUCAUAAAGACAAUGUUUCCGCGAUUGAAAGAGUCGAUGGAGUGUCGCCAUCAGUUGAAACAGGCCAACCUCGACGAACUGACCACAUUAACCGAGAAAUUCAUACUGAAGCAAAUGAAAAUUCUGAACGAAUUUCUCGAAUUGCAUCCGCUGUCAUUCAUCGAAUUCAUACCAGCCGCUCUCGAAUUCUCGUUCAAUUACGUGUUCAACGAGGGAACGAACAUGAUUUUCGAGAACAACGAACUGACAUUCACGAAUUUCGCCAUUCAUUGCAUCAAUUUGAUGAAGGGAAUACUGUCCAGUAACACGUACAAUACGUACAUUCAGGGCAGUGUGCCGAAGGAGGUGGACGUUCCCGUUGCGAUUGCAGCUAAAAAGGAUUUCUUUACGCCCGUGCGUUUGAGUUACAUUUGCGAGAAAAUCGUGAUGCAUUACUUCCUGUUGACGCAAAGUGAAUUGGAGCAGUGGGACGACGAUCCGGAAGCGUUCUGUUCGGAUGAGACUGGAGAAUCGUGGAAAUAUGCUCUCAAGCCGUGCACCGAACAAUUCUUCCUCACACUGUUCAACCAAUUCCGCGACGAUAUGACCGUGGAGAUGACGAAAUACAUUAAAAGCACACAGGGUCAUGUGCUGAACGAUGAAUCGGAUUUGAAGAGCAUACUGGCCAAAGAUGCCAUCUACAAUGCGGCCGGUUUGGUUUCAUUUAAUUUAUACGAUGAGAUCGACUUCGACGAAUGGUUCACCAAUCAAUUGGUCCACGAAAUCAAAAUUCGAGGAAAUCGUUUCCGCAUCAUUCGUCGUCGUGCUAUCUGGUUAAUAGGUCAAUGGACUGGUGUCAAAUUCGAUCGGCAGCUGAGACCACAGGUGUAUGCGGCUUGUCUGCAUUUGGUUGAACCGACGGAGGAUAUGUGUGUACGAAUAACGGCUUCCAAGACGUUAAUGACGACCAUGGACGAUUUUGAAUUCGAUUCGCAGAGCUUUUUGGAAUACUUAGAGCCGUCGUUUGCUUCCUUGUUUACUUUACUGCGGGAAGCUAAAGAAUGUCACACAAAGAUGAACGUGCUGUACAUCAUGGGUAUGAUGAUCGAUAAGAUGAGCAAUUUAAUUGCAAACGAGAGUGCCCACAAGUUAAUUCAAUAUCUACCGUUGCUGUGGGACGAGAGCAAAGAUCACAAUAUGCUGAGAUGUGCCAUCAUAUCGAUUCUUAUUCAAAUGGUCAAAACUGGUAGUACUGUGCCGCAACAUUUGACAUCAUUUUUCUAUCCGGUCAUUCAUACGAGCACCAACACAAAUGAGCCGUCACACAUUUAUUUACUGGAGGAAGGUCUGGAAUUAUGGUUAACUUUAGUUGAGAACAGCGACGCCUUGAACCCAGAACUGUUAGAUUUAAGUCCAAAUGUUCUAUCAAUUAUUGAACACUCAUCCGAAAAUCUUCGAGCUUGCCUCAACAUCAUUCAAACAUACAUUUUACUGGAUCCGCCAGUAUAUUUGGAACGGCACGGAAAGGCCAUUGUUACGUGUUGCAUGUAUCUGUUGAGCGAUAUGCGACCGGAGGGUGUUGUUAUGGUUUUGAAAUUGUUUGAAUUGUUCCUGAAAACGAUGCCCGAAUACGGCAUCGAAUUGUUGAGGUCGUCGUUACCUGAAAUUUUUAAUAAAAUCAUACAAAACAGCGAAUAUCCAAUGGUGAUGACACUCCAGUUAACACUGAUGGCCCGCGUUCUCAUUAUCAACCAAAAUGUAUUUUUCCAAGUUCUGCAAGAUCUACAAUCAGCGCAAGCAUUCGAACGGUUAUUGGACGUUUGGUUAUCAAAAAUGUCGUCCGUGCUGCAUUCGGAUAAGCGGAAAUUGCUGGGUUUGGCAUUAGCCAGCUUGUUGACCGUUCAAAAUGAUUUGAUUUACGAUCGCUUCACCUUGAUAAUGACGAAUUUGUGCGAGGUCUUGAACGAUAUAAUGAGAGAGGAUGAUGAUGGAACGAUGUACGAUUCAUUGAUUGUGGCUAGUGAUGUGGACCUAGAAGCGAACGCUUGGUGGUCGAACUUGGAUCAUACAGACAACGAAGACAAUACUCAGCAUUACGAAAGGCUUAAAAAACUGUGCCUACAUGACCCGGUGCAUACAGUCGUGCUGAAGACUUACAUUGAGUCUCGGCUGGAACUGAUGAAGACACAAAUUGGAUCUGAUCGAGUUAUGAAUUUGUUGGGAUCAAUCGAUGAGUCUGUGCUUGAGAACUUGGCCGAACAUAUAAAUAUUCCACUAAGAAGCGAGCAAUGAUGAACUUGUGAUGUAAGGUUAUAAAAUUUAUUGCAGAACGGCUCUGUGUUGCAGCAGAAAAUAAAGUUCAAGCGGCUUUAUCAUGAACA